UUAGCUGAGCCAGCCACUUCAUUUGCUGGAUAAGACAGACAGUUGUGUACCGUAUGAUCUCACUUAAUCGUUUUAAUAAAUCAAAUCUUUUACUGCGGAUUCGCCUUGAGCCUACAGCCCAGCCAGCUGUUCCCUGGAAACGUCAUAUAUGGUGGACGUUUGUCCCGCCGCUGUCGGAUGCUGAAACGCGCAAUCAGCCUGUGGAUGCUUGAUGUCCGUUAUGAAACGCAAUGCUGCACCGGGUACCGAAUAUUAGACGCAGGGCUUUUUGAGAGCAAAUGAAUUGCAAGACAUCAGUUUAGCGACAAAAUACAGUUUGAGGUGGUCCAGCAUCUUUCUCCUCAGCCCUCUGCUUCCUGUCUUCUCUUGGAUUGUGGAUAACAAGAAGGCUUCAAGACGGAGGGGGUGGUGGAGCAUCGAGGAAAAAAUAGGGGCAAUAUGAGAGAGCGGGACUUCAUGCCCAAUAUGGAGAGGGGCAAACCUGCUACUUAUACAGGGGACAAAAAGGCUAAGAUGGCUGCUAAGACUAACAAGAAGUGGGUGAGAUUAGCCACUGUUUUUGCAUAUGUAUUGUCCGUGUCUUUAGCAGCCAUUAUUUUGGCAAUUUACUACAGCCUGAUCUGGAAACCAACCAGUGCAUCCUCUUCUGUGGGGAAGCCGGGAGUGCUUGACGAGGUCACCCCCACCGCAAACAUCUCAACUAACAUUUCCACGAGCAACAAUGUCUCAGAGUGGAACUCUACACAGACAGGACUGCAAUCUCUCAACCAGACCAGGCAUGGCACAACCCCGCACAGCCAGUGGGAUGGCAGAGACCAAAGUGUGUCCGUGUCUCCGCGCGGUGCCGGAGCAGAAAUUGCGCACUCGCAGCAGGAGGAAGGACUCUACGCAUCUUCUCACGGUCACACAACCGCGGAGAGAUCGGACACUUUGGGUAGGCAGAAACACGCGUCUCAACCCCAAAUGAGCCACUACAUCACGUCGAGCACCAGGGAGUCUGGCGCUGCGCUAAAUGAGGACGAGGAGGAGAGGGAUGCGCACAGACGGGACGACGACCAGGCGGCUGCAGAUGCUGCCUCUGUUCCCCCGACCACAGCGACAAGCCGAGGCGGCCUGAGAGGAGACUGAUAGGGCCUCAUCACCACUACCACCGCUACCACUACCAUAACCACCGCCACACACACCCCUUUACACACAUAGUGACCCAACAUGGAGUGUUUUAUAGACUCAAAGCCGCAGGUCGGAUAACACACAGGUCUUCUCCUUUAAACUCAUUUUGCAGAGCCUCUUCUGGAUGCUGAACUGCACAUAUUAUCUGAUAUCUUGCUCUGAAACCCCCCCAUGGCUAAGAAGAGAGGAGACCUGGCUUCUUCACUGAACACUGUUUCCCCUUCAGCACCAACUAUGCUUUUUUUUCCUUUUUUUGUUUUUGUUUUAGGCCAUCUGUAUGCCUUAAAUCAAUGUGUGUCUACCUGUCUUACCUCGGACAGCUUCUGAGGCCACUAACCUGCCUGUACGUGUGGACGACAUUGGCAUAGAGAUUUUGCUAAAUGAAUAGGACACAAGCUCCAGAGAUGCUUAUGGUUUUUGCAGGAGCUAAAUAUUUCUCACAGGCAUACAAAGCUUAACAUCACUGCCAUACGUCGGCUGGUCUAAAUCAAUACUGCGUUAUUGCAUUUUAACAUAUAGGCUGUAUUUUCUUGUCAUGGAUCAAACCUGGAUUCCAAGUAGAAGAACCUGCAUUAUUGAGUUAUGCUCAGGUAUGUGCAUAUAACCAUGUAAAUGUAUUGUGUAUUUGGUUAUGUACAUAUGUCAGGCAUACAUCUUUUUGGCCUAGAUGAACUUUUAGUGUAAUUAGAUGAUUUUUAUUAAAGGUACAGUAUGUAUAAUAGCUAUAACUAUAUCACAAGGUACAAAUAAACAUCCUUAGAAAAUGA